GUGUAGUAUGUUUUAUUUGCUACACGCAGGUAAACAGAAAGAACAAUGUGAUCCUGGUGGCAGAUGAGGCGAGAUUGUCGGGAUGGAUGUGACAAGUUUUGAAAUGAAUUAUGAUAUGUCAAUUUUUAAUUCGCUUCCGCAAUAUUGUUGAAUACUCCGUACUGUAUAUGUUAUGAAAAAUAUUAUUGUGAUAAAUAAAAGUGUUUGAAAAGUUUUAAAUUUUUACGAUUUCAAAGUUAAUACUUUUGUCCAAAAGGGGCUGCAGACCUAGACGGAUUAGGGGAGGUUUGUUCCCUUGGUUGUAUGAAGGAAGGGCAUAUUCCUUCAGGUUGAAGUCUUGGAGUUCGGUAUCUCCGAGCAAGUUUAUUGAGGCUCGUGGGACUCGAGUUCUCAGGUUGUAACUGUUUGUUAAGCACCCGUAAGCUUAAUGGAAGUACUGUUUCUUAAUCCUUCUCUUGACAAGAGUCCCGGCCUCGCUCUCAAAGCCUCAUCCUCAAAAAGGGUAGAGGUAAGUGACUCCGAUAGCGAUGACGAUAAGCCUUCUUAUAACUUUCUCGAGAAGUUCCAAGAGUUUUUGAAGGAAGAACUUAUGUCCCGAGAUUGUAAAAGAAAGGAGGAACCCGUUCCAAUGUGCUUUGGUUGUGGAGAACUUGGCCACAUAAAUCCAUAUUGCCCAAACCGCAAGGAAAAGAAGAAGAAGGAACGAGCAUACAUGGCAUGGGAUUCAGAAAGUUCCAGUGACGAAACCGCCGCCUUAUGUCUUAUGGCUCAUGAACAAAAUGGAGAGAGAAGUAAUCCGGAAAACUCAACACAGCACCUAUCCAGCUCAGGAUUGGAUGGAACAGAGGCUGUAGGAACAAUUGCUGCUCACUUUUCAAAUGAAAACCAAACAGAGGAGAGACGCAACAACAUAAGGCGCAUCAAAGAACUAUGUGGAAACAUGCAAGGCAUCAGGGAGAUUGCCGGAUCUUCAAAGCGCAAGAAGCAAUGAAGGGUUUUCGGCCAUUAUAUUUCUAGUGAGAGAAAAUUUCUUUUAUGUUCUAUUAAUAUCAUUUUGUGUAUAGAAAAUAUCUAUAAUAUUUUCUAAAUAUUAUUAGAAAUAUUUUCUAUAAGAAAUAUACAAGAUUAUU